CCGAUAUCAGAUGAGCCUGAAUCUUGUAUUGGACCUGCAGAGACUCUCUCAUCUUAUUUCUUCGCGUGUCUCGGGUUUCAAAACUCUGUCCUUCAUCACUUUGAUCUUUGAUCUUUUUCAUCCCCCCACAACCGAAUACCUCGUCCAGUAACUGUUUAAGCUGUGUAGGUAGACAUGUCACCCCGGAGCGUCAAGGUGGCCGUAACCCAGGCGGAGCCCGCGUGGAUCGACCUGCCGGCCGCCGUCGAGAAGACGAGCGCCCUCAUCACCGAGGCGGCGUCCAACGGCGCGCAGCUGAUCGCGUUCCCCGAGUGCUGGAUCCCCGGAUACCCGCUGUGGAUCUGGAGCCGGCUCAUCGACUUCGACCUCAACGUCCGCUACAUGCAGAACUCGCUGCGGCUCGACUCGCCCGAGAUGGCCGCCAUCCGGGCGUGCGCGAGGGCCAACAACGUGGCCGUCUCGCUCGGCUUCUCCGAGAACGACAACAACUCCCUCUUCAUCGCGCAGGCGCUCAUCGGACAGGACGGGGAGCUGAAGGUGCACCGCCGCAAGAUGAAGCCCACGCACAUGGAGCGCACCGUCUUCGGCGACGCGUCGGGCCACUGCCUGAAGAGCGUGGGCGACCUGUCCUUCGCGCGGGUCGGCUCUCUGGCGUGCUGGGAGCACAUCCAGCCGCUGCUCAAGUACAACACCAUCUCGCAGAGGGAGGACAUCCACGUGGCGGCGUGGCCGAGCGUCACGCCGCAUUCCGGCGACGGUCCGGAUAUGUGGUCGAUGAGCGCGGAAGGCUGCCAAACGCUCUCUCGGACGUACGCGAUCGAGGCCAGCGCCUUCGUCCUCCACAGCACGGCCUUGAUAUCCCAACGGGGCGUCGACACGCACAACAGCUCCGGCGGCGCCAUCAUGUGCGCGCCCGGCGGCGGCACCUCGGCCGUCUUCGGCCCGGACGGCCGGCGGCUGACGGAGCCCGUGGACGAGACGACCGAGGCCAUCAUCUACGCCGACCUCGACAUGGACGCCAUCCACCGGGCUAAGAUGUUUGCCGAUUGCACCGGUCACUACAGCAGGCCGGACCUGCUGCGGCUCGUCGCCGACAGGGAGAUCAAAGUACCGGUGAGGCCGGAGGGGGAGGCCGCGAAGGAGCCAAGGGAGGAGGAAGUGGUUCUGGGUCUUUGAGUGGUUGUGUGUGCAUUGUGUGUGCAUUGUGGGCGGGCAGGCAGGGAAGGCAUAUGUCAUGAUGUACUGGAUGAUUCGAUGAUUCUCCAGAUCGGAUAUUGACGCUGAAAGUGUUUUCUCAUGAUUCACGGACUCGGCGAUCUGUUGAGUGACUACAACGACUACAAAACAACUAACUAGUAAGCUAGUUUUCCAAUGUGGUAUUUGGGCAAAAGAAACCACAAAAACUCCAUCCCUUGUUUCCAGGAACACGCCCUCGCCCCUCCCCCCUGUUUGUUUUGUUCUUCUUCUCAAUAUUCCCCUUCUCCUUACAGCCCGUUGUUAUUGUUGGUUGAUAGCCAGUUGAAGUUGUCGCAGUCCGUCAGACCCUGGAACGCCUGGAGGAAGUCGAUGGCGCCGCCGACGGCGUUGGCACGUUCUCCGCCCAAGGCGGACAUGUCGAGGGCUCCCAUCGACGCAAAGGACUCGACGCCCAGCGCGCCGAGGUCCAUGGCCGGCGCAUCUACCGCACCUCCUCCGGUCGCGUACCCGUCCCACUCAUACUCGAGCUGGACCUGGUCAACUGCCCCCUGACCCAGCCCGAGGGCUCCUCC